AUGUGUUAUCUAUUUAACUUGAAUUAUUUUAAUCAUUCUUAUCAUUUUUAUAAUUUUUUUUGCUUUUUUUAUCUGAUCUCAACUUACUAGGAAUCAUAGCUAAUAGUUUUUACAUAGUUUCUCUCUUUUUUCCAGCAUUUUUUUUAAGCUGUUCAAAAUCAAUUUCACUUUAAUCUGCUAAUGUUACAUCGUCAUCGCUUUCACCAAUGCCUAUAUUUUUGUUUUGCUAUUGUUUAUUUUUUCUAAAGCCUAUUUGAGUUUUUAAAUUAAAUCUUUGAUUAUCAAAGCGAAUUUUAUAAGCUUCAUGAUCAAUAGAAGAGUGUUAAGAUAUAUUUGUAUCAUAUAUUUGCUAACUAAUUUAUUAAUCUUAAAAUUCUGGGUUUAUUAGUUCAUUUGGAUAUUCAAUUUCCUAAUUUUUUUAUUCAUUUUUUGAUUUCUAUUUAUCUUUUAGGACUUUUUAUUUUUUUCUAGGUAAUGCAAAAUCUACAGUUUACUGAUUAGCAGCAUGGACUUUCUUGUAAUCAAACUUAGUUUUAGGAACAGAACUAUAUUUUGGAAGGACCGAAGUGCAACUAUUUAAGCUCAAAUCUUCAUCGUAAUCUACUUAAUUAAUAAUACAGUUAGCAGUUUUUCCUAAUUUGA